AUGCGGGUUUUGUUGAAUUUGUGGACCAUAGGCAUACUAUGCGCGGUUCUUCACCUAUCUACCGCACGAAAGCUUGACAGCAUUGCAUCGAACCUCAUUCCCGGUGGCAGUAAGUUGGGUCAACAAAAGCAAAACGUUGUCGAUACCUACGAGGACGUGUCGGCGUCCGAAACCCAGCAGGAUGCCGGUAGCGAAGCGCUGCCAGAAAGUACAGAAACGAACGAAAUCGAGGAUGAAGUGGCCAGCCCGGAAGUGGUGAACGAGGUGCUGGAAGAAUCGAACGUGGUUCCGCAGGAAACGGUCAGCGAAGCGACGGUGGUCAACAUGGACGACUCGAGCAUCAUUAAUCGGUACUGUCGGUGCACGGCAUACGAGUGUAACUGCUGCCGGGACAUCGACGUGCCACUCUUCCCGGUCAAGGGCCCGGGUUGUGCCGUCAUACAGUACCUGGACGGUGACCGGAUGUCGGUCGGAGUAAAGUUUGCCGAUCGAAUGAUCGUGAACCGCGUUAUCUCCGCCAGGAGAGCGACACCGGUUUGUCUACCACUUCCCGGUGGCUAUAAUCGAUUCUGUGGCCGCGUCUACGGUAUCUCGCGGAAGGCAAACGAAGGAUUCAAGGCAUGCCUCGGGCUGGAGCUGCGGGCGGACGACGAGGUGGAGGCGGUACUGCGAGUUUCCUGCUUCAAAUUUGGACCUCGCGGACUUUCCGUUAUGGAUCCGGAACCGCUACCACCGGUCGACGACAUCGAUGUGGCCGAUGAGGAGGACGAGGACGACGAGGACGAGGAGGAAGAGUUGUUUGGAUUUGGACUUGAUGAUGACGACGAAGAUGAUGAUGAAGACGACGAUGACGAUGGUGGGGCGGACAGUGGCAGUGUGCAGGAUAACGAUCAGGGUGAUUCACCGGACUACACCGGGUUCAGUUUCCUCGAUCGCGAUCUAAUGGGCAGCAUAUUUGGUGUGAAAAAGUUUUGGUAG